AUGGAGGACAAAAAAACAUGGAGUCCUGAAUCGUCGUCAAACCCUUCCGCAUACGAGGCCGACAUGAGGAAUGUGCGACGCCCAUUCGCCCGCCGGCUCACCGAGUCUUUCCGGCGAGAUCCCCACGCAAGUGUCACUCGGUCGGCCUCGUUCAGCGCAGCUGGCGGGAAGGGAUACGAUGCUGAAGCGGCAGCGCAGGCGACGGCAUUGUCGCCAUUGUUGAGGCGGUUGAAAGGACGACAUCUACAAAUGAUAGCAAUAGGCGGGAGCAUCGGCACAGGUCUUUUUGUGGGCAGCGGGAAAGCGCUGGCAUACGGCGGGCCUGCCUCGUUGCUGUUGUCAUUUGCUUUGACGGGGUGCAUGUUGUACUGCACAGUACAGGCGCUGGGAGAACUGGCAGUCCUGUUCCCAGUCGCCGGGUCGUUCGCUUCAUACUCUACGAGAUUCCUGGACCCUGCCUGGGGCUUCGCCAUGGGCUGGAACUACGCUUUGAAUUGGUUGACGGUGUUACCCUUGGAGAUCGUGAGCGCUUCAAUCACUGUGGAUUACUGGGUUCAAAAUAUUUCUCUGAAUGCCGCUUGGGUUUCAAUAUUUCUGGUACUGAUUGUUCUGAUCAACUUCUUUGGUGUGAAAGGGUAUGGAGAAGCAGAGUUUGUAUUUGCCAUUGUCAAGGUCACAGCCGUGAUAGGAUACAUUCUUCUGGGAGUCCUCAUCAAUGUUAUGGGCGGCGUCGACAGUCUUGGAAAUCCCGAUGCAAGCUACAUGGGCUUCCGCCUAUGGCACCAUCCAGGAGCAUUCCACAACGGCUUCAAGGGCCUGUGCAGUACCUUUGUGACAGCAGCGUUUGCUUUCGCCGGCACCGAGCUGGUUGGUCUCGCAGCAGCAGAGACCGAAAAUCCGAGGAAAGCAUUACCUACUGCUAUCAAACAGGUAUUCUGGCGUAUUACGCUCUUCUAUGUUGUCAGCUUGCUCCUUGUAGGCACGCUGGUGCCAUACACUGAUCCUCGCCUGCUCAAUGGCAAGAACAGUGCCGAUGCAAAAGCCUCCCCAUUCGUCAUCUCGAUCCAGAACGCCGGCAUCGAAGUCCUCCCGUCCGUCAUGAAUGUUGUCAUUAUGAUCUCGGUCCUCUCCGUCGGGAAUUCUGCAAUCUACGGAUCCUCGCGCACCCUUGCCGCUCUGGCAGAACAAUGUCAAGCACCCGUCUUUCUCGCCUACAUUGACCGCAAGGGUCGUCCCUUGUAUGCAAUCAUCGUCGCCUCGGUGCUGGGACUGCUGGCAUACCUGGCGGCGACACAGAAGCAGCAGGACGCGUUCAACUGGAUGCUCGCGCUCUCGGGCCUCAGCUCCAUCUUCACCUGGAGCUCCAUCUGCCUCGCGCACAUCCGCUUCCGCCACGCCUGGACCCUGCAGGGCCAUUCGCUGGACGAACUCGCAUUCCGGUCACCCGUGGGCAUCGUCGGGUCCUGGGUCGGCCUCACCUUCAACAUCCUCGUCCUGAUCGCGCAGUUCUGGACCGGCUUCGCCCCCGUCGGGUACCAGCACAUGUCCAUCUCCGACCGCAUCGUGAAUUUCUUCCAGGCCUACCUCGCCGCCCCCGUCGUCGUGUUGAUGUACAUCGGCUACAAGAUCUACAUGAAGACGAACAUUCUGCGAGCAAGGGACAUGGACCUCUUCACGGGCAAGAGGGAGUUCAAUGUCCGCGUGCUGGUGCAGGAGGAGCGGGCCGACCGCAAGAGAUGGCCGCGGUGGAAGAGAAUAUACAAAUUUCUCUGCUGA